AUGCCUUCGCUUUGGUACUGCUGCGAAUGCUCCUUCGGCCCUCACAACGCGGCCCUUCACGUCGCCUGCAUCAGCUGUACCGCACGACGCUGCCCAGCCUGCAAAGAAGAAAAGGUUCAAGACUCUCUCCACAUCCACUCCAGCUCUCAUAGCUGCCACGAGACUUCGCCUUACCCAACGGCCGUGAACUUCAACGCCGCUCACAUGCCUUCUCUCGACACACGAUCAAUGUUGCCCGCCGGUAUCGAUCUACCUCAGAUUCGAUCAUUGCGGCCGGGCCUUGCUGCACACCCACAAUACUCUGCACUUGGUGGCUUUCAAGCAACAACGUACUCUGAAACAUACAUGUACAUUUGCUGCAAGUGCAACGAUGGACCCAAGGUUUACAACCACCAACCACAAUGCACCGAAUGCCAACAUGUAGCCUGCAGCAGCUGUAUCUCCGUCAAGUGA